AUGGCUGUGACGCUCUGGAGUAUCAUUAUGCCAUUUUGUUUUGGUUACGACGGCGAUAUUCUCUGUUUUUGGCGUACGACUCACUCGACGGUGAUAUUUGGUAUAUACAGGGCAUUAUAUACAACCCGACUUCAAGCCAGGAUUGGCACGCUCAACAACACAAUAUGCAAAUCUUUUUUGCGAGCUCAACUCAAGCAAUCUUCCAAAGAAAAACAGCAAGCCAACCCUCUAGCUGACAAAGGACAGCGCACGCUUUUUGGUCUCACCAAAAUCGAUGUAUCCCACGUGAACAGCAGGCUUGUUGGGAUAAGCUGGAGCGGGCGCCGGUGCAGCAGGGGCAGGAGCAGGCGCGGCAGGGGCGGCCGGUGCCGGAACCGGAGCCGUUGCGUUGGAGCCAGGAGCCGGGGCGGCAGGUGCGGGUGCGGGGGCGGCGGGCGCAGCAGGCUGAGCCGCGGCUUUGGCCUUGUCGAGGAUGAACUUGACUGCGGCGUCGCCGUACCUCUGCACAUAGAGGACGUGAACGUCAAGGCUCUUGCCGCUGUCGCAGAACAGGUCGUCUUCGUCGCAGUAGGACACCAUGCGGCUGGCCAUGUCGCCACAGCCGGCAACGUUCUUACGGGGGAAGACCUAUUUUUUUUGAGGGAUGCGGUUUCAAAACUCCGGCACCAAAGCCUGAGUCUCGGCGAAGGGGGUAGACUCGCUCGUGCCGCAGAUGGCAUCGGCCGAGACCUGCGCGCCCUGCGAGUAUCCCAUGAUGGCGAUCUUUGACUGAGG